GUUUCUUAUGCCAAUACUACCUAAAUCUGACCUCGUUAUUGAUAACACUGAUAACUGCUAUCUAUUUAUUUUAAAGAGUUAGCAAAAGCCGGUGCCGGUAGUGUGUAUUGUGGUUUUUUGAAUAACGCUCGUGUUAUAAACAUACCUAAUGACUCUCCGCUGGGGUAUAGUGACAGCUGGAAAAAUCAGCCAUGACUUCGUGAAUGCUUUUAAUAGUUUCCCCAAUAAAGUGGACCAAGUGGUGUCUGCAAUCGCAGCCCGCGAUAAGGCGCGAGCCGCCGAGUUCGCCAAACUGCACAACAUUCCAAAAGUAUUCGAUAGCUAUGAGGCUUUAGCUGCCAGUAAUGAUAUCGAUGUUGUCUACAUCGGUGCCCUCAAUCCGUCCCACUAUGCACUUACUAAACUUUUCCUCGAGAGCGGCAAACAUGUUUUAUGUGAAAAACCACUAUGCCUUAACUUGAAACAAGCGCAAAGUUUGAUCAAGCUUGCCCGAGCGAAGAAACUUUUCCUAAUGGAAGCAGUUUGGUCUCGGUUCUCCCCUGCAUAUAUAGCAUUGGAAGAAGAUAUAAAGGCUGGCAAAUUGGGGAACGUAGAAUAUGUCGAAGUUAAUUUUGGAGUUCCAAUUAAUACUGAUAGGCUGCAACAAAAGGAGCUUGGAGGCAGUGCUUUGUUGGAUAUUGGAAUUUAUGUUCUGCAGUUCGCUCAAUACAUAUUCAAAGAUGAACCAAUAAAAGUGACGGGCGUAGCACAGAAGUUAAACGAAUCAGGAGUGGAUCUAGUCAGUACUGUUAUCCUUGAAUACACGGGAGGCAGACGCGCUGUGCUCAAUAUUGAUUCGACGAGGAAGUUAUGGAACAAAGCCACUGUCUAUGGUACAAAGGGUCGUGCAACGUUGGAAGAACCUUUCCAUUUUCCUACCAAUUUAAUCCGAGUUGAUGGAAAAAUAACCAAUUUCCCUUUGACGAAGUCGUCUAUUCCGUAUAAUUUUGACAACAGCCAAGGAUUGGUUUAUGAGGCCAUUGAAACUGCAAGAUGUAUCAAGGAAGGUCUUAUAGAAUCGCCAAGAAUGUCACACAAUGAAAGUCUGGUACUGGCUAAACUAGAGGAUACCCUUCGAGGACAAUAUGGAGUACAUUAUGAUGUUGAUGAUCAAGAGUUUCCAUAAUUAGUACAACAUAUAAUAUUUUAUGUGAAACGUCAUUUCCAAUUGUUCACAGGAUCUAAUCUACCUAUAUAAAAUGUUUCAAUUUAAAUCCUUUCUGCUAAUAUACACUUAAAAUGUAAAAGUUUAUACAGAUGUUGUUACAAAACCACGCUUAAAAUAUUUGUUAUAUAAAUAAACCAUACAAACUAUACAUAUA